AUGUUGGAUGGAGUUGAGAUUAAGGUGUUUGAUACACCAGGUCUGAAGUCUGGUGUGAUGGAUCAAGCUUUCAACCGCAAAAUCUUGUCUUCCAUAAAGAAGGUCACCAAGAAAAGUCCUCCAGAUAUUGUCCUAUAUGUGGAUCGUCUGGACACUCAGACUAGAGAUCUUAAUGACCUUCCAUUACUAAAGACAAUUACCAGUUCUCUUGGCUCGUCUAUCUGGCGAAGUGCUAUAGUUACCCUCACACAUGCUGCGUCAGCACCACCUGAUGGACCAUCUGGUUCCCCAUUGAGCUAUGAGGUUUUUGUUAGUCAAAGAUCCCACGUGGUUCAGCAGUCCAUUGGACAUGCUGUGGGUGACCUGCGUAUGAUGAGUCCUAGUUUGAUGAAUCCUGUUUCCCUUGUUGAAAACCAUCCUUUGUGUCGUAAGAACAGGGAAGGCCACAAGGUGCUCCCCAAUGGCCAGACAUGGAGGCCACAGCUGUUGUUGUUGUGCUACUCUAUGAAGAUAUUAUCCGAAGCGAACUCUCUAUCAAAACCUCAAGACCCGCUUGACCACCGGAAGCUCUUUGGCUUCCGUGUUCGCUCCCCGCCUCUUCCAUACAUGUUGUCCUCGAUGUUGCAAACUCGGGCCCACCCGAAACUUUCCAGUGACCAAGGUGUUGAGAAUGCUGAUUCUGAUAUUGACUUGGCUGAUUUGUCAGAUUCUGACCAAGAUGAAGAGGAGGAUGAAUUUGAUCAGCUCCCACCAUUCAAGCCUCUCAGGAAAGCCCAGAUUGCUAAGCUUUCCAAGGAACAGAGGAAGGCGUAUUUUGAGGAGUAUGACUAUCGGGUGAAACUCCUUCAGAAGAAACAGUGGAGGGAGGAGUUGAGGAGAAUGAGGGAGAUGAAGAAGAAAGGGAAAGAUGCUGCUGUGGAUGAGUAUGGUUUCAUGGGUGAAGAUCCUGAUCAGGAAAAUGGAAGUGCAGCACCUGUGGCUACUCCAUUACCUGACAUGGUCUUACCACUUUCCUUUGAUGGUGAUACUCCGCAGUACAGGUACAGGUUCUUGGAGCCAACUUCGCAAUUUUUGGCUAGGCCAGUUUUGGACACCCAUGGUUGGGACCAUGAUUGCGGUUAUGAUGGUGUCAACCUUGAAUAUAGUCUAGCCAUUGCCAGUCAAUUUCCGGCAGCAGUUACUCUCCAAGUCACUAAGGAUAAGAAAGACUUCAGCAUCCAUUUGGAUUCAUCAGUGUCUGCCAAACAUGGAGAAAAUGGAUCAAGCAUGGCAGGCUUUGACAUCCAAAACAUUGGAAAGCAACUUGCUUACAUCAUCCGAGGUGAAACCAAAUUCAAAAAUUUAAAGAAGAAUAAAACCGCUGCUGGGAUAUCAAUUACUUUCUUGGGUGAGAAUGUUGCUACGGGAUUGAAGGUGGAGGAUCAGAUUGCGUGGGGAAAGCAGUGGGCUUUGGUGGGUAGUGCUGGGACCAUCCGAUGUCAAGGCGAUGCGGCAUAUGGAGCCAAUUUUGAGUUGCAGCGGCGGGAACUUGAUUACCCGAUUGGCCAAAUUCAGUCCACAUAUGGGCUUUCUUUGAUUAAGUGGAGAGGGGACUGGGCUUUGGGAUUCAACACGCUGGCUCAGUUUUCUGUUGGGCGGAAUUCAAAGGUGGCUGUUCGUGCAGGAAUAAACAAUAAGCUCAGCGGGCAGAUAACUGUUAGAACAAGCAGCUCAGACCAUCUUUCUAUUGCACUAGCAGGUAUUAUUCCACUUGCCUCUGCUGUGUACAAGAAGCUCUGGCCCGCUGCUGGUGAAAAUUACUCAAUUUAUUAG